GUUGAUUUACACUCCUUGCUAGGUUGUGCAGAGUUGAUUUGUUCUGGACGUUAUUCAGUCGUGACACGAUGUUGGACUCGUAUGACUACAGCAGUUGUGGACCUGGACUCAUUCUGUACAGCCCCUUGAGUUGGCCAAUGCUCUAUGAACAGCUGGAUUGGCCCAAUCCUGAAGAUUACGGAGUUUCCAACCCAUCCUGGACCUCGAUUCUUCCUGAGGAAUGGAGCAACAGACAUGUUUGGGAGUGGCUGCAGUUCUGCUGUGAUCAGCAUAAACUGGAUGCAAACUGCAUCCCUUUUGCCCAGUUCAAUGUCAACGGCAGACAGCUGUGCAGCAUGACUCAAUCUCAGUUCAUCUCUGCAGCUGGAAUUUAUGGAGAAAUCCUUUACAAUUCCCUGCACCAAUCGCAAAGCAAAGCAGAUCUCCCUCUGGUGUGCGACCCUGUUGACAAAGAACUUCAUAUCGAUGAAAGGACUUUAAAUUUGGAACAAAACGCAGGAUGUUUCGAAGGAAGCCAAGAGCAGAGCAUUCCUGCAAAAAAACAAGCUGGUUUACAAAGUCAUCAUCUCUGGGAGUUUAUCCGAGAUCUCCUCCUCUCACCAGAGGAAAACAAUGACGUUUUGGAAUGGGUAGACAGGAAUGAAGGAAUAUUCAAAGUUUUAAAAUCUGAUUCUCUGGCAAAACUGUGGGGUCGUAGGAAAAAGAACGAGCGGAUGACCUACGAGAAACUGAGCAGGGCCUUGAGGCAUUAUUAUAAAACUGGGAUUCUGGACCGAGUAGACAAGAGGUUAGUGUACAAGUUUGGAAGGAAUGCUUACGGCUGGAGAUAGAAGGAUCUCUGUCUGUAAAUGCAACUAUGUUUGAAUGAAGUGAAGAGACAUUUUAGUGUGUAUUGGAACCAUCUUCAGACCAGGCACUAAUGGGCGGCAGUGGUCCAACCUACCUCAGCUACCAUCAUACUUCUACUUGAAAUGUUGCAUGGAGAUGGAAUUUAACUCUUUGUUUUCACUGUUAUGAAGCUUUUCAUGAAGAAUAUAGCAUAUGAAGAACCAAAGCAUUCAAAAACCUGAGUAUGAACAGAAUAUCACACAUCCUAUUUCAAGUUGUAAAUACUAUCUUAGAUACUCAGAGGAGUCCAUAUAUAACAGGUGUUAAAGCCUACUAACAAAUGCCUGGAUUUUUGUUACUUUGUUAGAUAAAUUUUGGUUAUGAUGAUCACAUUCUGUUCAUAACUUUCAGAUUUUACACUGCUUACCUUUACGGUGUCCACGUGAGCAGAGUUUACAUCCCAGAAUGGCUAGGUAGUUCUCUGUCACAUGGGUAUUGAAUGUAUAUGCUAAAAGGAAUGCAUAUGCUAAAAUAGUAACAUACUGUAUAUGAAUGCUAGAAACUUUUUAUAAAUUACUUUUAUUUUUAAGCACAAUAUAGAUCGAGCAAAAAUAAAAGCACUUUUUCUAUC